AAAAGCAUAAUCGCAGACCUUUCGCACGGAAGAAACCGUAUUGGUUCGCACGCACGUAGCAUCGCAGACAGUGAUAGAAUCGCAAUUCGCGAAUAACGGAACCCUAGCCAGUAAUCACCGGAGAUCGUGCGAUUCUGCCACCAUAAUUACCGAUCCGGAAAUCGUGCAAUCAUCAUCAUCAUCAUCAUCAGUUUGGUUUCAAAUGGACAGUGAUAAUGAUUUCACUUUUUGUCAGGUCAGUACACCCGCGGAAGAAACAAAUGAGCUUGUUUCAGAAAUUGCUGAUAUUUCCAUAAAAGAAGAAUCCUCAAAUGCCAGUAGUAGUAAAAAUAGUAAUGGUGGUUUCUUAUGGAAGGAUGGUUUACCAAAUGAUUCUUCCAGCUCUAAAAAGGAGGGUACAGUUGGUUCUUUGUCUUUCAGUGUAAUUAGCACAUCGACUGAAUCAACCCAAAGUGAUGCUAAGAAUUUGCCUCAGAAGUUGCCAGAACAGAAGAGUUCUGUUAAAAAGCCAACAGUUCGGGCCAAAGUUCCUUUUGAAAAGGGUUAUAGUCAAAUGGACUGGCUCAAGCUUACACGAACUCAUCCUGACCUUGCAGGUCUAAAAGGACAGUCAAACAGGAGACUUAUUUCUAUGGAUGAAGUUAGAAAACAUAAAUUAGAAGGUGAAAUGUGGACUGUAUUAAAAGGCCGUGUUUACAAUGUAUCACCAUAUAUGAAGUUUCACCCUGGAGGUACAGCUAUCAGCUCAAUCUUCAAGUUCAUAUAUGACAUUUUAUUAUUCUUGUUACUGGUUUCAUUAAAAUUUGUCAUAUGCAUUUCCUGUUGGGGAAAAUCAGGUGUUGAUAUGUUGAUGAAGACAGUGGGAAAAGAUUGCACAUCUCUAUUCAAUAAAUACCAUGCUUGGGUUAAUGCUGAAUUCUUAUUGGAGAAAUGCCUUGUGGGUACUUUGGAUGAAAGUAAGUAAAGAAAGAAUAGCUUUAUAUUAAUAAUGAAUAAUCGCAUGAACCUAGCCUUGGCUCACUCUUCAUGGGCCCUCUUCUAUUUAUUGGCCAGGAGUCAUCAUUCGAUAAGGAACAAAAACAAACAAACAAAUUAUUUACAUAUACUUGUUUCUGAUUAAAGCAUCCCAGUAGGAGUUUGUUAUACAAUUGUUAUGGACGACAAGUACAAUUACUCUGUAAUAUGAAAUUUUGGAUUAGCAAUGUAACAUUUCAUAAAUAUUUGUUGGCUUUGUUCAAUAAUGUAUACCAGUUAAUGUAAUAUUCUUGCAUGUGUAUUUAUACAUGCUGAAUCGCUGAUAAUGUUCAUAGUUAGAGACAGAGUGAUACAACAAUGGCUGGCUUCAUGCAUAAUUGCAAUAAUACAGUAUUUAAAUCUU